GUCAUGUGCUACGACCGCUACGUGUCCAUCUGCAAACCCCUGCACUACGGGACCCUCCUGGGCAGCAGAGCUUGUGCCCACAUGGCAGCAGCUGCCUGGGCCAGUGGCUUUCUCUAUGCUCUGCUGCACACAGCCAAUACAUUUUCCCUGCCCCUGUGCCAUGGCAAUGCCCUGGGCCAGUUCUUCUGUGAGGUGCCCCAGAUCCUCAAGCUCUCAUGCUCACACUCCACCUUCAGAAAAAUUUGGAUUUCAUCGCUUGCUGUCUGUUUAGCUUUUGGCUGUUUUGUGUUCAUUGUUUUCUCCUACAUGCAGAUCUUCAGGGCUGUGCUGAGGAUCCCCUCUGAGCAGGGACGGCACAAAGCCUUUUCCACCUGCCUCCCUCACCUGGGUGUGCUAUCCUUGUUUAUCAGCACAGCCACAUUUGCCUACCUGAAGCCCCCCUCCAUGUCCUCCCCAUCCUUGGAUCUGGCAGUGUCAGUUCUGUACUCGGUGGUGCCUCCAGCCCUGAACCCCCUCAUCUACAGCCUGAGGAACCAGGACCUCAAGGCUGCAGUGUGGAUACUGAUGGCUGGACAAUUUCAGAAACAGUAA